AUGGCAACCACAUCUGCUGCUGUGCUACACGGCUUGAGCUCCUCCUUCUUGACCGCCGGCAAGAACACCCAGACCUUGCUGGCCGCGCCAAGAGCCGCCGUGGCUGCGCCUUCUGCUCCCAAGAGGUUCAUUGUGGUGGCUGCUGCCGCUCCCAAGAAAUCUUGGCUUCCUGGUGUUAGGGGUGGCGGCAACUUGGUCGACCCUGAAUGGCUAGAUGGCUCGCUGCCAGGGGACUACGGUUUUGACCCAUUGGGUCUUGGAAAAGACCCAGCUUUUCUGAAAUGGUACAGAGAAGCGGAGCUGAUCCACGGGCGGUGGGCAAUGGCGGCGGUGCUGGGCAUCUUCGUGGGGCAGGCAUGGAGCGGCGUUCCAUGGUUCGAGGCCGGAGCUCAGCCGGGCGCCAUUGCCCCCUUCUCCUUCGGCUCACUCCUGGGCACGCAGCUUAUCCUGAUGGGCUGGGUUGAGAGCAAGAGAUGGGUGGAUUUCUUCAACCCAGACUCACAAUCAGUGGAGUGGGCUACGCCGUGGUCAAGAACGGCGGAGAACUUCAGCAACUUCACCGGCGAGCAGGGGUACCCCGGCGGGAAGUUCUUCGACCCGCUAGGCUUCGCCGGAACCCUUAAGAAUGGGGAGUACAUCCCGGACACGGAGAAGCUGGAGAGAUUAAAGCUUGCGGAGAUUAAGCAUGCGAGAAUUGCAAUGUUGGCUAUGCUAAUCUUUUACUUUGAAGCUGGGCAGGGAAAGACACCUCUGGGCGCUCUUGGGUUGUAA